CCCAGCUUCACCCUCCCCAUGUCAUUCGCAGAUUACUAUUAUCGGUUGAACUAUCAUCAGCCAAAGAGAAUGCGUCUCACCCAUCAUGGUUUCUAUCCGGGGGGAUGUGGAUACACUUCCCCCCCGUGCAGAGUGCAUGGCUACUUUUGAUAUAACUAUCGUUACGCAACCCCAGUCCGGGACAUAGUCGCAUAUAAAGUCCUUUUCUUUCCCCCUCUUCGGCAGUUCACCGUUGAAGUUACCACUAAAACGCUAUAUUUGUGGCACGGCAGCGUCACAGACUUUUGGUCCCCCCCGGCGACAAUUCCAUGAUCAGCUUGGAAUGACUGGUUUUCUGAUAUCCACCGCUUCUGCAGGGAUAACUGUCUGCCUGCCUAAGAAAUUAUCAAGAUCUAAAUCGACCCGCAAUUGCACAGAAGGACAUCGUCGCCAUGUCUUCCGUGGGCAAGUCGACGCCUUUAGCUAAGGCUACCUCGAAGGGGUCGGUAUAUGCCGAUGUGGACCAUGACCCAGUAACCACGGUGUUACCAAAUGGCGACGUGCCUUAUGCGGACCAUGCAAUGGACGCCGAUGAGAGGGUCAUUGUAGCCCUGGGGUACAAGCAGGAGUUCAAACGAGAAUUCUCGCUAUGGACGACAUUCUGCGUCAGCUUUGCUGUGCUUGGGCUGCUCCCAUCUUUUGCAAGCACAAUAUAUUAUGGAAUGGGCUAUGCGGGAACGGCAGGCAUGGUUUGGGGUUGGAUCAUCGCCAUGGUUUUCAUUCAGUGUGUUGCCAUGUCAAUGGCUGAACUGUGUUCGGCGAUGCCAACAAGUGGCGGCCUCUACUAUGCCGCUGCAGUACUCGCACCUCCGGGAUAUGGACCAUUCGCGGCGUGGAUCACUGGGUGGUCCAACUGGAUUGGACAAAUUACAGCGGCACCGUCAGUGGAUUUUUCACUGGCUGCGAUGAUCCUGGCUGCAGCGUCGAUAGAGAACCCGGACUACGUUCCUACUUCCUGGCAUACAUUUCUCCUUACCACACUUAUCAUGAUACUCCACGCUGCAAUCAGCAGCAUGCCAACGAAAUGGGUUGCGCAGUUCAACUCGUGGGGCUCAACGUUCAACAUGUUUGCCCUCGUUGCUGUCAUCAUUGCCAUCCCGGCAGGGACGAAGAAUGAACCCAAGUUCACCCCGUCAAAGGAAGUAUGGGGGACAAUCACUAAUUUAACCGACUUUCCGGAUGGGGUUGCCGUGCUCAUGACCUUUGUCGGUGUGAUCUGGACCAUGUCCGGGUACGAUUCUCCGUUCCAUCUGAGUGAGGAGUGUUCCAACGCAAACAUCGCCUCUCCGCGAGCCAUCGUGAUGACCUCAGGCGUCGGGGGCUUGAUGGGCUGGUUCUUGCAGCUUGUAGUCGCUUACACCGUUCUUGACAUUGAGGCGGUGAUAGACUCUGAUCUCGGACAGCCUUGGGCAUCAUACUUGCUGCAGGUGAUGCCACAAAAAGCCGCCCUGGGAAUACUCGCUUUAACUAUUAUUUGUGGUUUCUCGAUGGGCCAGGGAUGCAUGGUAGCCGCAUCGCGAGUCACAUAUGCCUAUGCCCGCGAUGAUUGCUUCCCUUUAUCAAGGAUAUGGAAAAAGGUUGACAGUCGCACUAAAACACCCGUGAACGCUGUCAUCAUAAACGCCGUCCUCGGGAUCCUUAUGUGCCUCUUGAUCCUCGCCGGGGAUGUAGCAAUUGGCGCUCUAUUCUCUAUCGGUGCCAUUGCGCAGUUCGUUGCUUUUGCGAUCCCUAUUUGCAUCCGGGUGUUCUUUGUUGGGAACCGUUUCCGGCGGGGACCAUGGCACUUGGGGCCAUUUGGUCCCUACAUUGGAGCAACGGGCGUACUCUUUGUGCUGCUGAUGGUGCCCAUUCUGUGUCUUCCCAGUGUAACAGGGGAUGAUUUGACACCGGAUCUGAUGAAUUGGACGUGUCUUGUCUGGGGCGCUCCAAUGUUGGCGGUGAGCAUCUGGUGGGUAGUAGACGCCCACAAGUGGUUCAAGGGUCCAAAGGUCAAUGUGGAGCAUGCCAUCCACCCCGUGGAGGAAGAGAGGCCCGUUAUCGUUGAUGUGGGGUUCGAUGGCGGCGAAGAUGAGUAUACGUCGGACCGAAAUCAGGGCUAAGUGGUCAUGCACUGGGGCGUACAUUUACGAAAUCAUAUAUCUAAUUUCACUUUCUGAUCUUUUAUAUCACAGUAAACUUUGCACAGUAUGGAUGUAGCAUAUCAAAAUGAUGGUAUCUUAUUCUUCUCAUACACAUCUCACGAUGUAUGAUAUUAGUCUGCAGGCAAACCU